AUGUGUAAAUAUAAGGGCCAAGACGCUUCUUGCAAAAUCAUCCAGAGACUGGUAUCGAAAUCCGAAAUAAAUGAAAUCGUGCAAGCUCACAAUGAACUUAGACAACGUGUAGCAACUGGUAAAGAAGUCAACCAACCAGAGGCUUCCAAUAUGAGAAAAAUGAGUUGGGAUAAAGAACUUGCUGAAGUGGCUCAGAGAUGGGCAGAUCAGUGUAACUUUAAACAUGACUGUACACAAUGCCGGAAAAUUGAACGUUUCAGUGUGGGUCAGAAUCUUGCAAUUUCGAUGUCAUCGAAUGAUAACGCCACAGCUGAUUGGAGGAAAAUGAUACAUAAAUGGUACGAUGAAGUGAAAACCUUCUCCUCCUCCCACAUCAAUCCCUACAAAUUUGAUUCAAACUCAGGGCAUUACACUCAAGUGGUGUGGGCAAACACCUAUAAAGUAGGUUGUGGCUAUACAUAUUACAAAAACAACCAGUGGUAUACUAAGCUCUAUGUUUGCAACUAUGGUCCAACGUAA